CGUCCGUGUCGUCUCGUGUUGUGUCCGGCGUUCCCACUUAGCCGCAAGGCCGCAACCGCGCUUGGCACAUUACGAAAUCUAUGGGGAUUGUGCGUCGUCGUCGCGUCACGUUGGUGGGAUCUCUCGUUCGUGCGUUCGUAUAAAAGGCGCCCCGGCCGGUCGGCGCGCCUUGCCGUUCACGAAUAAGUAAACAUGCUCCGGGCACGGCUGUUACUCCACUUUCUAGCGCUUAGCCUCCUCCCCGUAUUGGCCCCGGCUGACGAGCACACUCACAUCUACGAGGAUGGCGACGAGGUUGUACUAUGGAUGAGCACAGUAGGGCCAUAUCACAAUCGUCAAGAGACAUACUCCUACUAUUCUUUACCUUUUUGUAUGGGCAACAAGAAUGUAAUCAAUCACUAUCACGAGACCCUUUCCGAAGCUCUACAGGGCAUUGAAUUGAAGUUUAGUGGCUUAGAUAUCGAAUUCAAAGAGGAUAUCUCAAAGACGGAAUACUGCCAGAUAAAUUUAAAAGAAGAGAGCCAGAAAGCGUUUGUCUACGCAAUAAAGAAUCAGUACUGGUAUCAAAUGUAUAUCGACGAUCUACCGAUAUGGGGUGUUGUAGGAGAGCUCGAAAACAAUGACGGGAUUGCUGUAUCGGACUCGUAUUACAUCUGGACACAUAAGAAAUUUGAUAUUGGAUACAAUGGUAAACAGAUAGUGGAUGUCAACCUGACCAGCGAGAACAAAGUGAAACUGGUGCAGGGUGCGCAUAUACCGUUCAGUUAUGAAGUCAAUUGGAAGAAGAGCAACGUCAAAUUUGAGGACAGAUUCGACAAGUAUCUGGACCCAAACUUCUUCCAGCACAGAAUACACUGGUUCAGUAUCUUCAAUAGUUUCAUGAUGGUGAUCUUCCUCGUUGGUCUCGUGUCGAUGAUAUUGAUGCGCACUCUGAGGAAAGAUUAUGCUCGAUACAGCAGAGACGAAGAGAUGGAUGACAUGGAGAGAGAUUUGGGCGACGAGUACGGCUGGAAGCAGGUCCACGGAGACGUAUUCAGGCCUGCGAGUCACGCCAUGCUCUUCUCAGCCUUCAUAGGUGCCGGUUAUCAGGUCACGGUGGUGGUGCUGAGCGUUAUUAUUUUCGCUAUCUUGGGCGAGCUCUACACGGAGCGGGGAUCGAUGCUGUCGACAGCGAUAUUCGUAUACGCCGCUACGUCGCCCAUCAACGGGUACGCGGGCGGCGGACUGUACGCGCGGAUGGGCGGACGCGUGUGGAUCAAACAGAUGAUCCUGAGCGCCUUCAUGCUGCCGUUGAUGGUUUGCGGUACCGCUUUCUUCAUCAACUUCAUUGCCAUGUAUUACCAUGCCAGUAGGGCGAUACCAUUCGGAUCCAUGGUUGCAGUAACGUGUAUCUGCAUAUUUGUGAUAUUACCGCUGACGCUGGUGGGUACUAUCCUAGGCCGGAAUCUCGCCGGGACGCCGGACGCUCCUUGCCGCGUGAACGCGGUCCCGCGGCCGAUACCCGAGAAGAAGUGGUUCAUGGAACCGCUGGUGAUAAUAAUGCUCGGCGGAAUCUUGCCGUUCGGCUCGAUCUUCAUUGAAAUGUACUUCAUCUUUACUUCGUUCUGGGCGUACAAGAUCUACUACGUCUAUGGCUUCAUGCUGCUAGUAUUCGUUAUUCUCAUGAUAGUGACGGUGUGCGUCACUAUCGUAUGUACAUAUUUCCUGCUGAACGCUGAGGACUAUCGAUGGCAGUGGACGAGUUUUCUCGCAGCGGCUUCGACGGCCGGUUACGUCUACAUUUAUUCCUUUUACUACUUCUUCUUCAAAACUAAAAUGUAUGGUCUCUUUCAAACGGCAUUUUACUUCGGCUACAUGGCACUGUUCAGCUUGGCCCUGGGUAUCAUGUGCGGAACGGUCGGAUACAUCGGUACCAACGCGUUUGUACGGAAGAUAUACUCCACGGUGAAAAUAGACUAGACGUCAUAUUGCUGAUGUGUGUCAUUCGUACCGUGGAUCAUCGCGAUGAUCAACGCCUGUGCGCGAGGCUGACUGUUUUGUGACGAAAUGAAGUAGACACGUACUUCUGCAUCUGUCCAUUUGUCUGAAGCGGACUAUCAUGACGCUCGUGGGCGCAAAUCUUGUUUUCCAGCUUUGUCGAUCAUCGAUCAUCACCAACUUGAUUAACAUAAUCGCAGUAUAGAAGCGGCGUUAUACGACGUACAUCCUUCUUCAACGUAUUAUUAUUACUCUUCCAGUGGAACUCGUGCCACACAGCGCACCAGAUAUUCGAGCAAUGCCUUCAUCUCGCAUCUCCGCUCGUCAAUCUUUUUUUUAAAUCUCGAGUUGCUAUUCGACGCAAGUGAAAACACGCUGUAAACGGAUCCUAAUUAGUACGCGGUAGUACUAAUUAAACCUAAUUAAUUCGUAUUAUAAUAUACGCGCGUGCGUAUGUUGCAGUCAUUUGUCAAUAAUAAAAUAAUAAUUGUAAGUGUUAGCCAAUUUCCAUAUAAGUCCACGGAAUUAUGCAAAUGAAAAUUUCGCAAUCGUGCAGAUUUUAUGUCAUUGUCAUAUAUUUUUUAUUGAGCUAUAUAUACAUAUAUAUAAAAUAUAUAAAAUUGUAACUAAUGGUUUAUGGAUUAAUACAUAUACGAGGAUCAUUUAAAUAAAUCCUUAGAAAAUA